GCGUGGGGUGAUGCAGCUUAGGCUUACCCGCAAGCUCUAGAAGAAUAGAAGAGGGCGGUGAAGAAGGAGGGACUCUCUCUCUCUCUCUCUCUCUCUCUCUCUGUGAAAGUGGAAUGGUGAAAGUGAUUUCCGAACAUGGUAGUUGUAGCUACUGAAAUUGCAUCAUCAUCGCGUUUUGUUUAAUUUAUUAUAUUCUUUCUGAAACCAACAAAUGAAAUCGUGUAGUCCACUCCAUUCUUAGCUCCAAGGAUUUGCCCAAUUUUGUUGGAUUCCAUUCCAUUCUUGACGACGACGAGAAGCAGCAGCAGCGGCGGCAGAGAACAAAGCAAACCCAGUUGCAGAGUUCAAAAGAGCGCUUUCUGAGUUGAAGCGAUGAAGAAAUUGAAGAAUUAUUACUUGCAAUUGAGGCAUCCGCAGACAAUGGAGAGGAAAUGGAUCUUCCCCCUCGCCAUUGGUUCCGUACUUUCUCUCUUUCUUCUGUUUCUCGUAACCCUAACCUCCUCCGACGGCACUCCUCUUCUCCCCCUUUACCGCUCCGCCGGCGGCGGCGGCGCCGCAUCGGUCUUCGUCGAGUCGAAGCUGCGGCCUUUGCCGGUUUCCUCGUCCCCUCCACCGCCGCGAUUCGCCUACCUCAUUUCCGGCUCCGCCGGUGACGGGAAAAUGCUCAAGCGCACGCUGCUAGCGCUCUACCACCCCGUGAAUCGCUACGUCGUCCACCUUGACGCGGAGUCGUCGCCCGAGGAGCGUUUCGAUCUGCGAAACUUCGUCGACAACCAUCCGACUUUCACCAGAUUCAAGAACGUGGUGAUGAUCACCAAGGCCAAUCUGGUGACCUAUCGCGGGCCGACGAUGGUGGCGAACACGCUGCACGCCGCGGCCAUCUUGCUGAAGGGAGGUGGCGAGUGGGACUGGUUUAUCAACCUCAGUGCCUCGGAUUACCCACUCGUUACUCAAGAUGAUCUGCUUCACGUGUUCUCUUAUCUGCCGCGCGAUCUCAAUUUCAUCGAUCACACCAGUGACAUUGGGUGGAAAGAGUUUCAUCGGGCAAAACCAAUAAUUGUUGAUCCGGGGUUGUAUAUGAGAAAGAAAGCUGACGUUUUCUGGAUUACACAGCGAAGAAGUGUGCCGACAGCCUUCAAGCUCUUUACAGGUUCUGCUUGGAUGGCACUUUCUCGUCCUUUCGUUGAUUUUUGCAUAUGGGGAUGGGACAACUUACCUCGAACAGUCCUAAUGUACUACGCAAAUUUCCUCUCCUCCCCUGAAGGAUAUUUCCACACCGUCAUCUGCAAUGCUCAAGAAUUUCGCAAUACCACGGUGAACAGCGACCUGCAUUUCAUAUCCUGGGACAAUCCACCGAAGCAACAUCCGCACUACCUCACCAGUGAUGAUAUGUCGAGGAUGGUCAACAGUAAUGCCCCAUUUGCGAGGAAGUUCCAUCCGGACGAUCCAGUGUUGGACAAGAUUGACUUUGAACUCUUGUUUCGUGGUCAAGACAUGGUCGUUCCUGGUGGGUGGUGCAUAGGAAGCCGGGAAAAUGGAACCGACCCAUGCUCUGUUGUGGGCAAUACCACUGUCCUGCGUCCAACUGUCGGUGCUAAAAGGAUGGAAAACCUCAUCACCUCUCUCUUAUCAAGCGAUAAUUUCCGAGCAAGGCAAUGCAAAUAGCAAAAUGACCAUUCUUGGGGGAAUUUCCCAGUGUUCCCAUGCCGAUAGGCCUGCAUCAGCAGAGAAGGAAAAGGUGGAAGCACAAGGUAAUUAAAUUAGUCCAUGUGCAUGUAGGGAAAAAAAUCCUGAGAACUUACACGAUUGAGGCAACAAGAUUAUGGAUUUGGAACUGAGGAAUGCUUGUAUCUGGUCUGCCUUUUUUUGUGCCGGUGAGCCCUUUUUGCAUCAUCCUCUCUUCCUGGUUUAACUGUCUUCAUCAGGACCUGACACCCCCUUCUGUUGGCUUUCCGGCUGGCGAGGAUUACAGUAAGUUUUAGGGACAGGAAACAGUAGUAGUUUUAGAACAUCACGUAGCAGCUACCUCCUACCUUGUUGAUUUGUAGUCACUUUUAUUGUGUUGUUGUGUAAACAACUACUAUUACAACUACUAGUCGCCCGCAUUGUUUGAAGAGGAAAUGUUACUCAAGUCAGCUCUGCUUCAUCUCCAA